UUGUGCCACUUCUGCUCGAACCAUUUAUUUCUCCCACAGCAGUUUUAGUUUUUAACUCCAUUCUCGCAGACAUGUCUUCACUAAACUGGUUACAUGUCUGUCUUUUAUUCAGCGUGGCUGCGACCUUCGGCUCUGCUGACAAGCUGACAGCAGCCACUGUGUACUGGGAUCCCGAUCACAAGCUUGUCAAGCUAAAGGAGGGGGUGAUGGAGGUCGAGGGGGAUGCUUACGGGUUCCUGAAUAACACCCUAUCCAGUACAGGCUGGAGUGUCCUGGAGAUCCGAGCAGGGUAUGGAAAAACUCCUGAAACGGAUGAGAUCACUUUCUUCCUGGCUGGCUACCUCGAAGGUUUCCUGACUGCCCAGCAGAUGAUGGACCACUACACCAAUAUGUACCCGCAGCUGAUCAAUGACCCAAAGAUCCUCGACCCAGUUAAGAAAUUUAUGGAGAAGCAGGACUCAUGGGUCAGACAGCAGGUGAAAGGGAACAAGAGCUCCGAUCCUCUGUGGAAACACGCCGGCUUCAUCAUGGCUCAGCUGGACGGAUUGCAGGCAGGAGUGGCAGCGUGGGCCAAGAAGCAAGGGAAGAAGCCGCUGACGCUGUUUGACGUCCAGUUCCUGAACUCUGUGGGAGACCUGCUGGAUCUGAUCCCAGCCCUGGUCCCCAGCUCCUACACUUCACUCAGAGACUUCAAACUUCCAGGGAUGGGCCACUGCUCUGCACUAAUCAAGAUGCUGCCGGGGUAUGAGAACCUCCUGUUCGCUCAUUCCAGCUGGUACACAUACGCUGCUACGAUGCGGAUUUACAAACACUGGGACUUUCACAUCACCGAGCCCAAUACAGCCACUGGAAAACUAUCCUUUAGCAGCUACCCUGGGUUCCUGGUGUCGCUGGAUGACUUCUACCUCUUGGGAAGUGGUCUGAUGAUGACGCAGACUACCAACAAUGUCUUCAACUCCUCCCUUUUUGAAACAAUCACCCCAAAUAGCCUACUGGCCUGGCAGAGGGUCAGGCUGGCUCACAGUUUGGCAAAAACCGGAGAAGAAUGGGCCAAAACCUUUUCCAUGUAUAACUCUGGAACCUACAACAACCAGUACAUGGUGUUGGACAGAAGCAAAGUGAAGCUGGGCCACAGUCUCGACGACGGUGCGCUGACUGUGGUGGAGCAGAUCCCCAGCUUGGUGGAGUACUCAGACCAGACACAGACUCUGCGCAGAGGUUAUUGGCCGUCCUACAACAUUCCUUUCCAUCAGAAGAUCUACACAAUGAGUGGUUACGUAGAAAUGUGGGAGCAGUAUGGAGAGGACUUCUCCUAUGACCUCUGUCCCAGAGCCAAGAUCUUUCGCCGUGACCAGUGUGGCGUUAAGGACCUGGAAUCCUUGAAGCACAUCAUGAGAUUCAAUGACUACAAGAAGGAUCCAUACUCAAAGGGUGACCCCUGCAAGUCCAUCUGUUGCCGUAACGACCUGCAAAGAGAGAGGCCUUCACCAGGAGGCUGCUAUGACACUAAGGUGACAGAUUUCCACUUGGCUGGGGAUUUCCGUGCGGAGGCGGUGAACGGGCCGACAACACAGGACGGACUCCCGCCGUUCUUUUGGGACAAAUUCGGCAGCAUUAGCCACCAGGGUCUGCCACAGUAUUACAACUUCACCUUUAUCAAGAUGCAGCCCAUUCUUUUCGAUCCAUGAGCAUCAGUGUGUGACUGUGUGCGCGCGACAGAGAUUCUUUCACUGUAAUGGAGGGCCAUCAGUACAACCCAGUGAGUUUCUGGGAGACGGGUUUUAUCUGUCCUUUCAAUGUCCAUCCAGCAGAUGAUUUUUUUUCUGCAUGUUUGCUAUUGCAUCCCAUGAGUAGAUCUGCUUUCUUCUCAGCUGUCACUUUUUUUUUUAAUAGGAUUUCAUUCAGCACUGGUAAACACAGAUUUCCGAUCUAUUUCUAAACACGUUUUUUUUUCUCAGGGUGUCCCGUGUGCAGCCAUUGGUGCCUUUGACGCUGACAGUAGCUUUAUGAUAUGAUAAAAUACCAAAUCACAAAAUCAGCAGAUGUGCCACCUUAAAGUAAAAUCUUUAUUUUUGAUGCUUGAAUGUCUUCAUAUAUACAAACACUAUUGCUGCAGGAGUAGAGGAAACAAUCAGUGCAAUGCUGUACUCAGGUGCUGAUCAUCUCUUAUGAUCUGAUUUUUGUUUGCUGCCUUUUUAUUGUGCUGUGCAAAAUUAAAAACCUCUUUUUAUA